CGGCUUAGUGACCCGGAUUCCCGGAAGUGAAGGCUCUGUGCUCCACAUGUGUGUUCAGGCGCUAUUGGGCUGCUGGGAAAUGACAUAAAAAUAUCUCAGGAUCUGCAGAUCGCGAUCUAUUUCCAAUGUGAUCGCCUCCAUUUACCCCAAUGGGGGAGUUUAUUUAUUGCGUUCUGUGAUUUGCCCCGGGGUGGAGGCACUGAGACCAGGCUGAAGGGAAAAAACUAUGAGACUGAAGUGUGGUCGGACCGGUCGACAGAGAAAGAAGAAAAAGGAGAAAGUACCCGGAUCCAGCAAUGUGAAUCGCAGCUGCGAGGAUGAAUACAUACAGCUGCGUCGGUGGCUGAGAAAGAGAGGAUUUGGAGACAGACGCUUGAGGCCCGUGGAAUUCCCAGACACGGGGAGAGGACUGGCCACCACGCAGUCCCUGCAGCCUGGUGAACUGAUCAUUUCUUUGCCAGAAAAAUGUCUGAUCACAACAGACACUGUCCUGCAAAGCUAUCUCGGGAAAUAUAUCAGAGCAUGGAGUCCCCCGGUAUCCCCUUUGUUGGCUUUGUGCACGUUCCUCGUCGCAGAGCGUCAUGCCGGCGACCGUUCUCUGUGGAAGCCAUACCUGGCAUUGUUGCCCAAAACCUACAGCUGCCCGGCUUACUGGGAUCCAGAAGUCGUGACGUUUCUUCCGGAACCUGCGAAGCAGAAAGCUUUGGAUCAAAGGGCUGAGAUUUACGAUCUGUAUGUCUCGUCGGCGCCGUUCUUCAAGUCGUUGCAAUCUUUAUUUCAUGAAAACGUAGAAAACAUCCUGACGUAUGACGCCUUCUGGUGGGCUUGGUGUACGGUGAAUACCAGGACUGUGUAUAUGAACCAUCCCCAGAGAGACUGCUUCUCCGCCGAACAAGACGUAUAUGCGCUGGCGCCAUACCUAGACCUCUUGAAUCACAGCCCAAACGUGCAGGUAGAAGCCGCGUUUAAUGCAAAGAGUCGGUGUUACGAGAUCAGGACUAAGGUUCGCUGCAGGAAACACGACCAAGUUUUUAUUUGCUACGGACCUCACGAUAACCAGCGGCUCCUCCUGGAGUACGGCUUUGUGGCGGCCGGCAAUCCUCACCAAAGUGUUUAUGUGACAAAAGAUAUCAUCCUUCAAUUUUUAUCUUGCAAAGACCAACAGCUUAAGAAGAAGUGGUCACUUUUGAGGGAGAAUGGCUUUCUGGAGAAUUUAACAUUCGGAAUGGACGGACCCUCCUGGAAGCUGCUGACAGCCGUUAAGUUACUGAGCCUUGGUCGAGAGGAAUUCAUGAGCUGGAAGAAGGUGCUUCUGGGAAAUGUAGUUUCCAAGUCCAAUGAACACAAUGGAAAGGAACUUGUUAAAAAGAUCUGCUUUCACAUGCUGGAUGAGACCACCAACAAACUGAAAGAGAUUUCGUUUUUAAAGUGUAAGAAUCAAAUGUUAGAAGAUCACCUGGCUUUGGUAGAGGCUUUGAGGACAGAGGAACUGAAAAUUCUCCAAACCUCAGCAAACAUCCUACAGAAUGUAAACCACGUGGGCGAUGAAUAAAGAAGUUAAUUAGGUUACUAAAUAGCAUCUUAUGGCCUUUGUGCGUUUGUCUGAACAGGUUUUAUGCAUGUGAACCAAAAGAGCAACAAUAACUAAAAAAAAGA